AUGCUGUUCUGUCCGACAUGUGCUAAUCUGCUUGUGAUAUCCUCAGAAACAGGCUACAAUAAAUGGGCAUGCAAUACGUGCGCAUACGAGUUUCCGAUCUCGAAGCAGAUGACAUCCCGCUCGCGUAUGAAGCGCAAGGUGGUAGACGAUGUGCUUGGAGGAGAUGAGACUUGGCGGGAUGCUGAUUCUACUGCCAUCGCUUGUGACAAGUGUGGUCACCCACGCGCGUACUUCUAUCAGCUACAGAUUAGAUCUGCAGAUGAGCCUAUGACGAUGUGUGCAUGCGCCGGAUGUGCCUAUCAAUGGCGUGAAAAUUAA